UGUACGAGUGUCGCUUCUCAUGUCAUUCAUAAACACCAGCAAGUGCCACUAAUUUGCAAAACACCCGGUUUUCUGGAGCUGCGGGCUUCAGCUAUGGACAAAGGGAAAGAGGACGAGGACGCGUCGGCUCAGGAGUAUGUGGCCCGGUCAGACUUCACCGGAGGGGGCACCGACCAGCUUACUUUCAGCACGGGGGACAAGCUGAUGGUCCAUGCGAAGCCCACAGCGGAGUGGUGGUGGGCAGAGCUGCGGGGGGUCGUAGGCUAUGUCCCCGCCAGCUACCUCCACCGGGGCGCUGCUGAAGAGGAGGAGGAGGAGGGCAUCUCUCUGGAGGACCCAUGGCAGGAUGAAGAAUACUUUGGCAGCUACGGCACACUGAGGCUUCACCUGGAGAUGCUGUCUGACCACAGCCGCACUGAGACCUACAGGCAAGUUAUCCUCAAGAACAGCGCCUCCCUGAGGAAUAAGGUGGUGAUGGACCUCGGCUGUGGAACUGGCAUCAUCAGCCUGUUCUGUGCUCAGCUGGCAAAACCCUCAACAGUCUAUGCUGUGGAGGCCAGCUCCAUGGCGGACUACACCAGACAGCUGGUGAAGCAGAACGCCUGUGAGGAGGUGAUCACGGUGCUCCAGGGGCGAGCUGAGGAGAUCGAGCUGCCGGAGCAGGUGGACGUGCUGGUGUCUGAGUGGAUGGGUAACUGCCUUCUGUUCGAGUUCAUGGUGGAGUCAGUCCUGCUGGCCAGGGAUCGCUGGCUCAGAGAGGGUGGCGUGAUGUGGCCCUCCUCUGCCUCCUUCACCCUUGUACCAUGUCAAGCCGACGGCUAUUAUUCAGAGAAAAUGGCCUUCUGGGAGCGCCCCUACGGCCUGGACUUCACCCCUCUUCAGUCUCUAGCACAGCAGGAGUUCUUUGCCAAGCCAAAGUUCAGUCAUCUCAUGGAGCCCAGCGACUGCCUCACCGCUCCGCAGGACGUUCUCUCCAUGGAUAUGUACACGCUGCAAGUCAGAGACCUUGAGGAAAUGAAGAGUCAUUUCACUUUCUGUGUGGAAAAGUCUGGAGUUUUCCAUGGAUUCACUGCCUGGUUUACUGUUCAUUUUGAGAGCCUGGAGGCUGGUGGUGCACCAGUGGAGUUGAAUACUGGACCAAACUCUGAGCCAACACACUGGAAGCAGACUCUGUUCAUGCUCGACCGGCCGGUCAGGGUCUCCGCUGGGGACUCCAUCAGUGGAAGCAUUGUCCUCCAGAGGAAUCCCAUCUGGAGACGACACAUGACCGUGACCCUGCACUGGAACAUCAAGAGCAUCAUGGAGGACACUGAAAACCACCAGGUUGGAAGUAAGAGCUUCCCCAUGUGGAGGUGACAGAUGGAGUUGUCGGAGGUGGAGAUCCACAGAUGGCCAACUUUAAAUAUCUUCUCUUCGACUGCCGCUCGCCUGAAUUCAAACGUGACUCACAUGCGGUGGUGGAUGGAUCCCGCCACACGGCCGACAGGGCUGAGAGCGGCAGGAGCCGGGAGACCCGGCACAACAUGAACCAAGCAGGUUCACAGCGAUGGACUGGAGCAGGACUCCAGGGUCGGUCGGGACAACGGGGACGGGAACUGUUCUUUGAACAUGCUACUUGUUUUAUUUGGAAAACAAAAACAACACUGUUCAGCCUUCUAAAUAUACUUGACGUAUAUCAUUGCAGUAUUUUUACACUGACAUAGUGAACUAUUGUGGUAAAAUGUACACUAAAACCACAUAAUACAAAAAUGUAUAUUUCCUAACAGAAUAAAUAAUUAAUAUACAAUGAGUAAACUCACUUUAU